AUCUUGAUCAAACAUUACAGCACAAAAUUAUCAGGUAACCUAACGAAGAAUAAAAACAAGAUUCUGAAAGUAGAAGGUCCAACAAUGGCGAACGCAAGUGAUGAGUUCAGGGUCGCAUCUUCUGGCAUCGAUCAUGAAGGCCGGCUUCCACGAAAAUACACCGCCGAAGGUCAAGGGGCACAAAAAGACAUAUCGCCGCCGAUAGAAUGGUACAAUGUUCCCGAUGGGACGAAAACAUUAGCACUAGUAGUGGAGGAUAUCGACGCACCGGACCCUAAUGAUCCGAUCGUUCCUUGGACUUUAUGGGUGGUGAUCAAUAUACCACCCACCUUGAAAGGAUUGCCCGAGGGAUUUUCCGGCAGAGAAGAGGGCAAGGGUGACGAUUAUGCUAAUAUUAAGGAAGGAAACAACGAUUUUAAGGUACCGGGAUGGCGUGGCCCGAAGAUGCCGUCGCCUGGACAUCGAUUUGAGUUCAAGCUUUAUGCGUUGGAUGAUGAAAUUGAUUUGGGAAAUAAGGUGACAAAGGAUAAGCUACUUGAUACAAUCGAUGGGCAUGUGCUUGGGGAAGCCGUUUUAACGGCGAUAUACUAAUAGCGUUUUUUGUUUGGAUCAAGAUCAGUGCUAUACUGCUAUGUAAGGUUUGAUUUUGAUUGUGUACCAUUUCGUGGAUCCUUAUGUGCAAGACGACUGUAUGUGUAUCAUCUUCACAUAUACAUCUUCUCUAUCUAUUUUUUAUCACGUUUCAAAUGUCUAGUUCUUCAAUUGCGAAAAAACCCGAGGGGUUAACUUGCGAGAAGGGAAACUAAAAUGUUACUUUUGUCGAGUUUGAUGUGUGUGUGUU